AGCCCUGCAAGGCCUUUUCGGUUCCCCAAAAGGUAAGACCUGCCAAAGAUAAUUCCCUCUUUUUUUACGAAAGCUCUCUCCUUGAGUCCAUCAAUACCCAGCCGAGCUGUCAUUCCUGUAUAGUGAAUCAUCAGUGUUAUCUAUGUGAAAAGGUCUCUCUGUACCUGGAACCUGCUAACCGUCACCCAUGCUCCUUUACAAAAGAUGCCUUUUAGUUUCUCUCAAGGCUGAACGCUGAAUAUACGUGAAUAACUACAAAUAUUCAAUAAUGGCAUUUUAAUGAGCACCUUCUACUCUUUUUGAUAUUCUACUAGUGUAUCCAUGUACCCUUCUCUUUUCUGUUUACUUAUCAGUACGUAUAAUAUUAGAAUAGUUAUAAAGCCAUCAGCCUUGUGUUUAAUCAACACCUGUCCUUCAUCUCCAGCUAUGCAGAGCUGAUUGCUGAUUGGCCAGUGGUGGUGCUGGGGGUGUGUACAGUCCUCAUCGUGGUGUGUGCCCUGGUGGGUAUCCUGGUGCCAGACCUGCCAGACUUCUCAGACCCUUUACUGGUGAGUAGGCCGAGCCUACGGAAGGCACAACACUUUCUCCCUAGAAAGUCUUGGUCUUUAUUUGACCAAGCUUGAAAACAUAGUGUUUCGCACACAUCAAAAUCAUUAUAUUGAGUGCAUGUGAAAAGUCCAAUAUGUCAACUGCGAAUUUCCUGGUAAACUAAAAAGAUGUCCUCUAUUUAUUCAGGGAUUUGAGCCACGAGGCACGGCCAUAGGCCAGCGACUAGUCACAUGGAACAACAUGGUGAAAAACACAGGGUACAAAGCAACCCUGGCUAACUACCCAUUCAAAUAUGCGGACGAGCAGGCGAAAAGGUAACAAGGACUACCACACAGAUCCUGUCCAUUUGUUGUCAUCCUCCUAACCCUUUAGUGAAGCAUGUAUUGAUUCAAAAUCCCUGAUGAAGGGGGCUGAGGUAGGCUAGAUCAGGUUUAGGCCUCAGGCCAGGAGAUGGAGUGAUGACAGACAAGCAGACACACUAAAUCUCAAUCACAUCCUGCAAAAGGAUCGGUCGGUCGGGGGGGGUUGUUCUAUCCCAGGCCUAUCUUCCAUUACUUAUCCUGAUCACUGGGGGCCCGGUGAGUAAUCAAGAGCAGGUGUGUGUGGACUUGGGGGGGCCGUCAGCAGGACUCUCUGCAUAAUUCUGCCUCGGCCCCUCAGUCUGCUCUGACAAACUCCUGAUUAAAGGGCCUUCCUGUCUGUCUUUGUCAGAGGAUGUGGCCCCUAAGAAGGCCUGUUGGCACCACUCCCUGAAAACCCUCUUAUGAUCUGGCUAUUAUUACGAUUAUUAAAAUAAUGAUAACAUUGCGAUGGUGCUCACUCUACUGAUUUAUGAUACAGUCACUGGCUUUGUCAUCACUAAUGGGUUGGCCUACAACCGUUUCCUUCAUUUGUUUAAGAAUGACCCUUCAAUACUGUGCUAUUUUUAACUGUCUUUCAUGUUGUUACCAUAUACCAUCUCUGCUGGGUGUAUGCUUUAAGUGGAUUACAUCUCAUUCUGUCAUGUAGAUCUUCAGAAUUGAUAGGAACCGUUAUACAAAUGUAUGAAAUGUUAACAGUCAACAGUGCAAUCACACUUUUACUUUUUUAUUUCAGUCACCAAGAGGACAGGUGGGCUGAAGAUCACUUUGACCGAGAUAAAAGACAAGCUGACUGGGACUUCAGCAAAGACAGUUUCUUCUGUGAUGUUCCAGGUACAAACUCAUCCUAACACUUCUCCUGUUUCAAGAGUUUGUCUAGUAAGUGUUUGACUGACUGAAUGUUUGACUGUGAUAAAAUGCUAACCAGAUGCUCUUUACUGUAUGUGCAGGUGACAGAUACUCCAGAUUAGUAUUCACAUCAGCAGAGGGGAAGAACCUGUGGAACAUACAAGCAAUUAAAUCUAUGUGCAAUUUGGACAAUACACGGGUAAGUGGAACAGCACUGUUGAAGAUGUGCCUCAGCAUUUUCUCAUGUCAAAUGGUUCAAUAAGCCCCAUCAUAUUAGAAAUGUUAUGGCUGGAGUCUAUGCUGUCUCAGGCUGGAACUAACCUGACAUCCUGAUAUAUUGGCCUUGUCUCCUGAUCUCCUUGGGUCAAUAGUUAUAUUCUAGUCGUACUCUGUUCUUAUCUUGUGUUGUGUUGUGUUGUCUCCAGGUGCGCUCCCACCCUCAGUACUGGAGCCUGUGCCAGCGCACCACUGACGCCUCUUGCUGCCCCAGCUGGACCCUGGGCAACUAUGUGGCGAUCCUCACCAACAAGUCCUCCUGCCAGAAGAUCACAGAGCGUGAUGUGUCGCAUACCCUCAAGAUCCUGCGCUCCUGCGCCAAGUACUACCACAACGGAACCCUGGGCCCCGACUGCUGGGACAUGACCACGCGCCGGAAGGACCAGUCCAAGUGCACCAACGUCCCACGCAAGUGCACCAAGUACAACGCCAUCUACCAGAUCCUCCAUUUUCUGGUGGACAAAGACUUUCUGAGCCCAAAGAACACAGACUAUCUUAUCCCCUCCCUUAAACACAGCAUGUUGUUCUCCCCAACGGAGAAAGGGGAGACCAUGAUGAACAUUUACCUGGACAACUUUGAGAACUGGAACUCCUCGGACGGCGUCACCACCAUCACGGGGAUCGAGUUCGGUAUCAAACACAACCUGUUCCAGGACUACCUACUGACGGAUACCGUGUAUCCAGCCAUAGCCAUAGUGAUUGUGCUGGUUGUCAUGUGUGUCUACACCCGCUCUGUGUUCAUCACCCUGAUGACCAUGAUCGCCAUCAUCAGCUCUCUGAUCGUGUCCUACUUUCUGUACCGCAUGGUGUUCGACUUUGAGUUCUUCCCCUUCAUGAACCUCACGGCCCUCAUCAUCCUGGUGGGUAUCGGGGCAGACGACGCCUUCGUCCUCUGUGACGUGUGGAACUACACCAAGUUUGACAAGCCCAACGCUGAGCUGUCGGAGACGGUGAGCAUCACUCUGCAGCACGCCGCCCUCUCAAUGUUUGUCACCAGCUUUACCACAGCCGCCGCGUUCUACGCCAACUAUGUCAGCAACAUCACCGCCAUCCGCUGUUUCGGUGUCUACGCCGGAACGGCCAUCUUGGUUAACUACAUACUGAUGGUGACCUGGCUGCCGGCUGUGGUGGUGCUCCAUGAACGCUACCUGCCCAACAUUUUCACCUGCUCAAAACCUCCCCACCAGCAGACAGGGUUUUGCACCCGCACCCUCUGGGCCAAUCUGUGCCAGAAGGCCAACAAGUGCCUCUUCACUGUCUCUGAGGCCUCCAGGAUCUUCUUUGAGAAGGUGCUGCCGUGUAUCGUGAUCAAACUGCGUUACCUCUGGCUUUUCUGUUUCCUGGCCUUCACCGUGGGAGGGGCAUACGUGGUUUGUGUAAACCCCAAGAUGAAGCUGCCCUCUCUGGAGCUGUCCGAGUUUAAGGUGUUCCGCUCCUCCCACCCAUUUGAGCGCUACGACGCCGAGUACAAGAAACUGUUCAUGUUCGAGAGGGUCCACCACGGGGAGGACCUGCACAUGCCUAUCACCAUCAUCUGGGGGGUCACCCCCGUGGACAAUGGGGACCCCCUCAACCCCAAGAACAAAGGCAAGCUGAUGCUGGACAAGACUUUCAACAUCGCCAGCCCGGCCUCCCAGCUGUGGAUCCUCAACUUCUGCCAGAAGCUGAGGAACCAGAGCUUCGUGUUCCAGUCGGAGGAGCAGGAUUUCACCAGCUGCUUCAUCGAGACCUUCAAGCAGUGGAUGGAGAACCGGGACUGUGAAGAGGCCUCGGUCUACCCCUGCUGCAGUCAGUCUACCUUCCCCUACAAGCAGGAUGUCUUUGAGCUGUGCAUCAAGAGAGCCAUCAUGGAGCUGGACCGCAGCACCAGCUUCCACCUGGACAGUAAGACCCCCGGGCCUCGCUUCGACAUCAACGACACCAUCCGGGCCAUCGUCCUGGAGUUCAAGAGCACCUACCUGUUCACACUGGCCUAUGAGAAGAUGCACCAGUUCUACCACGAGGUGGACACCUGGAUCCAGGAGGAGCUGAAGAAUGCCCCAGACGGGCUGAGCUACGGCUGGUUCGUCAGCAACCUGGAGUUCUAUGACCUGCAGGACAGCCUAUCGGAUGGAACGCUCAUCGCCAUGGCGUUGUCCGUGGUGGUGGCCUUCGUGGUCAUGCUCCUCACCACCUGGAACAUCAUCAUCAGCCUCUACGCCAUCCUCUCCAUCGCAGGGACCAUCUUCGUCACAGUGGGCUCGCUGGUUCUGCUGGGCUGGGAGCUUAACGUGCUGGAGUCUGUCACCAUCUCGGUGGCAGUGGGUCUGUCGGUGGACUUCGCCGUGCACUACGGAGUCGCCUACCGCCUUGCCCCCGAGCCCGACCGCGAGGGGAAGGUAGUCUUCUCCCUCGGCCGGAUGGGUUCUGCUAUCGCCAUGGCGGCACUCACCACCUUCGUUGCCGGGGCGAUGAUGAUGCCGUCCACGGUGCUAGCCUACACCCAGCUGGGCACCUUCAUGAUGCUCAUCAUGUGCAUCAGUUGGGCUUUCGCCACCUUCUUCUUCCAGUGCAUGUGCCGUUGCCUGGGCCCCCAGGGCACCUGUGGACAGAUCCCCCUGCCCAAGAGGUUUCAGUGCCAGGCUUUCAAAGAGGGCACCACCAACGUCCCCUCACCCCAGGGCAAGCAUGGCACAAAGUACCAACUGGACAGCCGAGGAGGAGAGGUGGAGCAUGAGCAUUACGAGCUGGAACCGUUAGCCUCGAACCAAAGGAACGAUGAGAAACCUGCAGAGGAACAGGAGACGUGCACCCAGCUCUAUAAUGGAAUAGCCCCCCACUCUGCCCCCUGCACACACAUCCCCUUUAAGAGCAAGGCAGAGCCUGGCAGAGGGCCCUGCUCUGAAAAUGGACUGGGCAUACUGGCCACCGACCCCACACCCAGAUGCCAGUACUCCCAUAACACAACCUGCACAUGUGGAGAUCCCCCUCACCCUCAGCAGUCUAUGGGUAUGCAGUGGACCCCCCACCCAUGUACUCAAACCACCCAGGACUCCCCAUGCCCCACUCCUCUGUUCCCCCUCACAGGCAGCCAUGCGAACAAAGGCCAGACCCUCCUUUCCACUCUGGACGCAGUCUACAAACCAAUAGGUUGCCGUAUGCACUAUGUCCACUGUCCCCCAGCCCACUUCCACCACUGCACCCCGGGCAGGUUGCCCAGACAGGGCCCUCACAGCUGCCACCUCAGAAACUACUGUGUUCACACUGUCCCCCUCACAGGUGGCCUCCCCAGGGACCAGCACUCUGCCCCAGACCCAGCUGGGCUGGAGGAAGCACACCGGACUGGAGGGUCCUCUGGCCCUAGUGGCAGCCCCACCACCCCAGCCCAGACUCAAGGUCCUCCUGCCUCCGCUCUGGGCUGCACAUUAGCCCACACACACACAGGGUGCUGCAUAGCCAAUCAUGAAACACAGAGGGCGGAAGAGAAAAUUGUCAACUCUCUGAGGAAUCAGAGCAUGGAUAAUUAUGUGUCCACCACGAUGCAAAAGGACUCUUGUCAUAAGAUACCUGGCAACCAGGAGAAGCUUGAAACCAGUACUACUCCCGUCACAUGGGAAGAAAGUGUCAAAACGUGCAAACAGAACCCUAAAAAAGAGAGGGCAUCCUCAGCCUCUCCCAAGAAACUCUACUGUUUUAACAGGACUUUAAAAGUAAAGUGCAAUUCUGUUGAGUUUAACGUGCCAAAAGCUGAAGCCAAUGUGCCUGCUCUUGCAAUAAAUUCAAAACCCUCAUCUGAAAGUUUAUGCUGACAGCAAAGAGACUUAAGAGACUAUAUCUAAAGAGUAAACUUUUGUCAUAUCAAGCUAUCAGGAGCAGUGUCCCUAUGCAAUUAAAGUGUUUGGGAUAUUUCACUGACCAAGUGCCUUAUGUCGUUCAUGUAAAAGUAUGUCCCUAUAUAUAUUCUGUGAUUACUGUUUCUACUGUGCAGAUAUUGGUUUGAUCGGUCAGAUGUACUGUAUUAUUUUGAGUAUACUGUAAUUUUAUGAAGCUCUAACCUGUUUAAGGAAAGGUGAACCAUUGACUUUAUUCUAUAAGAACCACAGGCCUUAGUCUGUUUCGCGUUGCCACAUGCCUUUCGGUCCAAUAUGAAAGAUGUACUGUA